UCUCUCUCUCUCUCUCUCUCUCAGGACACGCACGCACGCACGCGCCCCCUUUCUCUCCCACGCACUCCAACACGCAGACGAGUCCCCGGCUCUCCUCACCGUCACUCUCUCUCACAGCCAAGAAAACAACUGUCCACGUUCACUCCACCACUCACCCACCACCAAUAAACCAUACCACAAAUCUUCCUCCUCCGCCACCUGCACCGCCGUGACAGUCACCGUGAAACUACAUCCAAGCAACCAUAAAGACAAAAACCAGAUAAUAAUACCAACCCCACCAUCACACGCACACACUCAAUUUCCUCCAUUUUCCAGCUCCCUCUCUCCCCCAAAACACAAUAUAAUUAUCGUUACCUUCACUUUCACUCCCGUGCUCUGAGAAAGAUGAUGAUCCUCUUACUAAAUCAAGUCAGCUGAAGUUUUCAGAGGCUUUCCAUCACUCCCAAUGUCGAGAGAGGAAGCAGUUUCAAAGAAGUUCCGCGCUCUGGCGGAGAGUGCGGAGCGGAAAUUCGCGCGCGUGCGCGACGCGCCUCUGCAUCCGUACGGAGGUAGCGGGCCACAGUGCGGGCAUUUCUUUCACAAGGUUUUCAAGGCCUACAUGCGGCUAUGGAAGUAUCAGCAGGAAAAUCGGGCCAAGCUGAUGGAAUCGGGCCUUCAACGAUGGGAAAUCGGGGAGAUCGCUUCACGGAUCGGUCAGCUCUAUUACAACCAGUAUUUGAGGACUAGCGAAGUCAGGUUUCUUCUAGAGGCCUACAUCUUUUACGAGGCAAUUUUCCGAAGGAAGUAUUUUGAUGGCUCGGCCAAGGAUCGAGGGGUUAGGUUUAAGGAAUUGAGGUUUUACGCCAGGUUUUUGACGGUUUCCUUGGUCCUGUACCGCAUGGAGAUGGUGAAGUUGCUCACCGAAAGGUUUAAGGAAGUGGUGGAUGACAGUAAACUUAGUUUUCGGGAAACCAACUUCAAAGAGUGGAAGCUGGUAGUGCAAGAAAUUGUGCGGUUCAUGCAAGUUGAUUCAGCUGUCUCGCAUGCUAGACCCUUGCGUUAUACUGCCGUUUUCGAUUCUUAUCCAACCUCACUCCCUUCUGUGGCACGUUUUCAUGCUAAGAGGCUUCUGAAGUUUAGAGAUGCCCUGCUCACAAGCUAUCACAGACAUGAGGUGAAAUUUGCUGAACUCACGUUGGACACUUUUAGGAUGCUGCAAUGUUUGGAAUGGGAACCUUGUGGAACUUUCUACCAGAAACUUUCUGUCGAGUCGAGAGAGAAUGGCAUACUGGCUGAUCAUUCGGCUACUUCUGGAUUGAUAGACAUGAAUCUGAUUGCAGAUAUGUUAGACCCAAAUUUACCUCCAAAUCCUAAAAAAGCUAUUCUGUAUCGUCCAUCCGUGACACAUUUGUUAGCGGUGAUGGCAACAAUUUGCGAGGAGCUCCCACCAGAUAGUGUUAUGCUAAUAUACCUGUCUACUUCAGGGAUUUCCGGUCAUUGUAGUACUUCACAAGCUGAGAACUCUGGAACGUCGAGAAAAUACGCUUUGACCAGUGCCCCUGCUAAUAACCAUCAUGAACUGAGGAAUGGUUUUACUGAAGAUCAUAUUAAUAAUAGGGAGGGCUCAAAUCAAUAUUUUGAGAAUCAUUUGUCAUUAGGCCCAUGCAGAAGUGGAGGUUCAAAUAUCCUCUUCCCCGGUGAUAUAAUUCCUUUCACCAGAAAGCCUCUCUUUUUGAUAAUUGAUAGUGAUAACAGCCAUGCAUUCAAGGCAGCGAGGGAAUCAAAGUACGUUCUACAUGGAGCAGAAAGGGGUGAACCUGUAGCUUUAUUCCUUUCUCCUUUGAGGCCUUCAUUCAAGGAUCCAAUUGGUGUUGACAAGGCUCAUGGAAGCCAGUUCACUUUCUUCCUUACUGCUCCAUUACAGGCUUUCUGCCAAUUAGUUGAUCACAACUUAAUUAAUGAUGACAUGGACAUGUACAACACAACAGAAAGCAUACUUUCCAGUGCCUUCUCUAAAUGGGAGGACAUUCUCUGUACGUCAACUGACUUGGAUAUAGUUUGGGCUCAACUUCUUUCAGAUCCAUUUUUACGCCGGCUACUUCUUAGAUUUAUUUUUUGCCGUGCUGUUCUCUCUUUGUUCUGCUUUCGACCAAAAGAUGACCAGCACUUGCCUGUAUGCAUACCCGAUCUUCCCAAAUCAGUAGCUGCAGACUCCAAGGCUGUGCAACCUGCUAUAAACCGUCUUGCAAGUCAACUCAAGGUUGCUGAUUGUUUUAGUUUUUCAUAAGCGCUUCAUAAAAAAAGGGACCAGAAGAUUGUAUGCUGAAGUAUGGAAGGAUAAUCUGUAAAUUCUCCAAGGUACCUCAUAUCAUUAUUCGGGAGGGACUUAAAGAAGAUUUGUCCAAGUGGUAGGCGUAAUAGGAAGACAACAUACAUGCGUGCAUAUAUAUAGUUAUUUUUUCGGAGUUAUUUCUUUCGAGACCAUGAUGCCACCUCAAUGGUCCUAAAUCAAGAUUUUAUUUUGGUCUGGUGCUGUUUGAUUUCAUGCACUGUAUAAUUGUUGUUUGGGCGGGUUAGUGUGUUGAAUUAGCAUAUUGCGGUUGUAGUUUGUUACCUUAAUUAUAAAAGUUUUAGAUGUUAUUUGUUCAUACCUUUUGUAAAUUAUAAUUCCAUUAAGUAGAGGCUGAGAUUUUUAUUUUUGUAUCUUAUACAUUUGAUUUUCUUGCCUCAACAUGUUUUGUUAACGAUCAUUUUCUGUGUGACCUGGGGACAUCAUAAGCUGUUGAAACGAAGUGAUAG